UAUUCAUCGUCGGAAAUAAGAAAGCAGUUUACACUCCCUCCCAACCUCGGACAGUACCAUCGGCACAGCAUUAGUACAUCCGGUUUCCCCUCCCUUCAGCUACCUCAGCUUUAUGAGCCCGUGGAGCCCGUGGACUUUGAAGGACUCGUGAUGACACACUUAAACAGCUUGGACGCAGAGCUGGCCCAGGAGCUGGGGGACCUCACCGACGACGACUUGCAUGUGGCGUUCACACCCAAGGAAUGUAGGACUUUGCAGCCCUCUCUGCCAGAGGAAGGAGUUGAACUGGAUCCUCAUGUCAGAGACUGUGUUCAGACCUAUACUCGAGAGUGGCUGAUUGUGAACCGCAAAAACCAAGGAAGUUCAGAGUUUUGCAGCUUUAAAAAGACCGGAUCACGGAGAGAUUUUCACAAGACGCUUCAGAAACAGACGUUUGAGUCAGAAACUUUGGAGUGCAGUGAACCAGCCACUCAGACGGGACCCCGUCGCUUAAACGUGCUGUGUGAUGUGUCUGGGAAGGGCCCCCUCACCACCUGUGACUUCGACCUCCGCAGCCUGCAGCCUGAUGAGCGGCUGGAAAACCUGCUGCAGCUUGUGAGUGCCGAGGACUUUGAGAAGAAGAAAGAGGAGGCGCGCAAGACCAAUCGGCAGGCUGAGAUCUUUGCCCUGUAUCCGUCCGUGGACGAGGAGGAUGCUGUGGAAAUACGUCCGGUACCGGAAUGUCCUAAGGAACAUCUGGGCAACAGAAUACUCGUCAAGGUGCUGACUCUGAAGUUUGAGAUUGAAAUUGAGCCUCUGUUUGCCAGUAUUGCCCUCUAUGACGUUAAAGAAAGGAAAAAGAUCUCAGAAAAUUUCCACUGUGACCUGAACUCCGACCAGUUCAAAGGGUUUCUGCGAGCUCACACGCCCUCAGUUGACCCAUCAAGUCAGGCAAGGUCUGCGGUGUUCUCAGUCACCUACCCAUCCUCAGACAUCUACCUGGUCGUCAAGAUUGAAAAGGUCCUUCAGCAGGGAGAGAUCGCUGAUUGUGCGGAACCCUACAUGGUCAUCAAAGAAAGCGAUGGUGGAAAGAGUAAAGAAAAGGUUGAAAAACUAAAACUUCAAGCUGAAUCCUUCUGCCAGCGUUUGGGGAAAUACCGGAUGCCCUUUGCCUGGGCCCCCAUUAGCUUAGCAAGCUUCUUCAGCGUCUCCACCCUUGAAAGGGAGAGCACUGACGUGGAGCCUGUGGUUGGAAGAAAUUCUGUGGGUGAGCGGAGGAGUUUGUCCCAAUCCAGGAGGCCUUCUGAGCGAUCCCUCUCCUUGGAGGAAAAUGGAGUUGGAUCCAACUUCAAAGCCACCACCCUGGCGACUAACAUCUUCUUCAAGCAGGAGGGAGAUCGCCUUAGUGAUGAAGACUUGUUCAAGUUUUUAGCUGACUACAAGAGAUCUUCAUCCUUACAACGAAGAGUCAAAUCCAUCCCAGGCUCACUUAGGCUGGAGAUAUCACCAGCUCCUGAUGUGGUGAACUGCUGCCUGACCCCUGAGAUGCUGCCAGUCAAACCCUUUCCUGAAAACCGGACACGUCCACACAAGGAGGUCCUGGAAUUUCCGAUACGGGAAGUGUACGUCCCUCACACUGUGUACAGAAUCAGCAGGGUACAGAGAAAAGCUGUAAGUGCCAUCCACAGCCUCCUGAGUUCUCACGACCUGGAUCCACGGUGUCUCAAACCGGAAGUGAAGGUCAAAAUCGCCGCCCUUUACCUGCCCUUGGUUGGCAUCAUUCUGGACGCCUUGCCACAGCUCUAUGACUUUACAGUUGCAGAUGCUCGAGGUGGGAAGAGCCGCGCCAGUGGCUCGUAUGAGGAACAAGAUGUGGCCAAUGGAAUCAACCAGAAUGUGGCCCUGGCCAUAGCAGGAAAUCAUCUUAAUUUGAAGAUGAGCGGGUCAAUGCUGUCUUCCUUGCCCUAUAAGCAAUACAACAUGCUGAAUGCAGACACCACCCGCCACCUCAUGAUUUGCUUCCUGUGGAUCAUGAAAAAUGCUGACCAGGCCCUCAUCCGGAGGUGGAUUGCUGACCUGCCUUCCAUGCAGCUCAACAGGAUUUUAGACCUGCUGUUCAUCUGUGUCUCCUGUUUUGAGUACAAGGGAAAGCAGAGUUCCGACAAAGUCAGUAACCAGGUCCUGCAGAAGUCAAGGGAUGUCAAGGCCAAGCUGGAAGAGGCCUUGCUCCGCGGGGAAGGAGCCCGUGGGGAGAUGAUGCGCCGUCGCACUCCAGGGAAUGACCGAUUUCCAGGCCUGAGUGAAAAUCUGAGGUGGAGGAAAGAGCAGACCCAGUGGCGGCAAGCUAACGAGAAGCUGGAUAAAACAAAGGCAGAGUUAGAUCAAGAAGCCUUGAUCAGUGGCAAUCUGGCUACAGAAGCAAAUUUAAUCAUACUGGAUAUGCAGGAAAACAUCAUCCAGGCAAGCUCCGCCCUGGACUGUAAAGACAGCCUGCUGGGAGGCGUCCUGCGGGUCCUGGUGAAUUCUCUGAGCUGUGAUCAGAGCACCACCUACCUGACUCACUGCUUCGCAACUCUCCGGGCACUCAUUGCCAAGUUUGGAGACUUGCUGUUUGAGGAGGAGGUGGAGCAGUGCGCCGACCUGUGUCAGCGAGUGCUGCACCACUGCAGCAGCAGCAUGGACGUCACCCGGAGCCAAGCCUGUGCCACCCUCUACCUCCUCAUGCGCUUCAGUUUUGGCGCCACCGGCAACUUUGCAAGGGUAAAAAUGCAGGUAACCAUGGCGCUAGCAUCCUUGGUAGGCAAAGCACCAGACUUCAAUGAAGAGCAUCUGAGAAGGUCCUUGAGGACAAUUCUGGCCUAUUCAGAAGAGGACACGGCUAUGCAGACAACGCCUUUUCCCAACCAGGUGGAGGAACUUCUUUGUAAUCUGAACAGCAUUUUAUACGACACAGUGAAAAUGAGGGAAUUUCAGGAAGACCCUGAGAUGCUCAUGGACCUCAUGUACAGAAUUGCCAAGAGCUACCAAGCAUCUCCUGACCUGCGGCUGACCUGGCUGCAGAACAUGGCAGAGAAGCACACUAAGAAGAAAUGCUUCACGGAGGCUGCCAUGUGCCUGGUGCACGCAGCCGCCUUGGUGGCCGAGUACCUGAGCAUGCUGGAGGACCACAGCUACCUGCCCGUGGGCAGCGUCAGCUUUCAGAACAUUUCUUCCAAUGUGCUUGAGGAGUCCGCAGUCUCUGAUGAUACCUUGUCGCCUGAUGAGGAUGGAGUGUGCUCUGGGCGGUACUUCACCGAGAGUGGCCUGGUGGGCCUCCUGGAGCAGGCUGCAGAGCUCUUCAGCACGGGAGGCUUGUAUGAGACAGUUAAUGAAGUCUACAAGCUGGUCAUCCCCAUCCUGGAAGCACAUAGAGAUUUCCGGAAGCUGACCUCCACUCAUGACAAACUUCAGAAGGCCUUUGACAACAUCAUCAACAAGGACCAUAAGAGGAUGUUUGGAACUUACUUCCGAGUUGGUUUCUACGGAUCCAGAUUUGGGGAUUUGGAUGAGCAGGAAUUUGUGUACAAGGAGCCAGCCAUUACAAAGCUUCCUGAGAUCUCACAUAGGCUAGAGGGAUUUUAUGGCCAAUGUUUUGGUGCAGAGUUUGUGGAAGUGAUAAAAGACUCCACUCCUGUGGAUAAAACCAAGCUGGAUCCUAACAAGGCCUACAUACAGAUCACUUUUGUGGAGCCUUACUUUGAUGAGUAUGAGAUGAAAGACAGGGUGACCUACUUCGAGAAGAAUUUCAACCUUCGGAGGUUCAUGUACACCACCCCCUUCACUCUGGAGGGACGGCCCCGGGGAGAGCUGCAUGAGCAGCAUCGCAGGAACACCGUGCUCACCACCAUGCAUGCCUUCCCCUACAUCAAGACCAGGAUCCGAGUCAUCCAGAAGGAGGAGUUCGUGUUGACUCCCAUUGAAGUUGCCAUUGAAGAUAUGAAGAAGAAGACCCUGCAGUUAGCGGUGGCCACUCACCAGGAGCCCCCAGAUGCGAAGAUGCUGCAGAUGGUACUGCAAGGCUCUGUGGGAGCCACUGUGAACCAGGGACCGCUGGAGGUGGCCCAAGUGUUCUUGGCUGAAAUUCCAGCUGACCCAAAGCUCUAUCGACAUCACAACAAGCUGAGGUUAUGCUUCAAGGAGUUCAUAAUGCGGUGUGGUGAGGCCGUGGAGAAGAACAGGCGUCUCAUCACAGCAGAGCAGCGGGAGUACCAGCAGGAACUGAAGAAGAACUACAACAAACUGAGGGACAGCCUCAGGCCCAUGAUCGAGCGGAAAAUCCCAGAGCUCUACAAGCCCAUAUUCAGAAUUGACAGUCAAAAGAGGGACUCCUUCCACAGAUCUAGUUUCAGGAAAUGUGAAACUCAGUUGUCACAGGGCAGCUGAGAAAAGCCACCUUUGUCUGUAGUGACUGAGGCCCUACUACCUGGAAGGACUCUCUGGUACGUCGACAGCAGCCACCCAACACUGACUACCCAGCCCCUGCCCAGCCAGUGCUCUGGAAGCUCCGGGUCUAUGACUGUGGAAUGAUACCCACGUGUAUUCUAGAACAUGAAAGGGGCAGGGGUAGCAUAGGUAAAUCAGGAGUAACUGUAUUUAUUAAAGUAUUUUCCACAAUGCUAUGCAAGCAAAGCCCAAGAUGUUUCUGCUGAGUGGCCGGUCACUGUCCACCUAUGAUGUGACUUCUUCUGACCUAUAUUUGGAUUUCUAAGAUAAACUCAAAUUGUGGAAGGAAGAGUGGACAACUGUCCUGCAGCCUAUUCCAAGUGAAUUUCACUCAUCUCCUUGGUGGGAAGGAAAGACUAACUCCAGAAAAGUGGAACAUUUUCCAGUAUGUCUGUGAGAGGACGCCUUGGAAGCCUCUCCCUCGCGAUGGCUGGGAAUCUGGAUCCAUCGGCCUACGACUUGUCUGUUGCCCCGCCUGCCUUGCUGGUCUGAGUGUCGCCUAGUUAUCUUGGUGUCAUUGCUUCUGUUAAGCUGAGUGAGGCCACCUGUGGGAGGGGACAGCUGUGGGAGACAGACAGCACAGGUUGUCCAGCCACACAUCACUGAUGGCGAAUUCUCCAAAGGGGAGCAAGUCUCCCAGCACAUUUUUCUGAUCUCCUAGAUGCUUACUCUCACUUUCUCCUUUGCGGGGCAUUUACCCACCAACCCCACAGUUUCCCAGAGUUUUCUUGAGUGAGAGCAGCAGGAAAUAUUAGAUGGAAGGAUUUAGAUUGUGGAGAUAAACAGAUAGAAAAUACAGGAUAGCCUCACCUAUUCCAAGGAGCCCUGACUAUCUCUGCCUCAGGGUAUUUAUAGAAACACCAAGGGGUGGAGCAAAA